ACUGAAUGCAAUCCCCUAAUCAAAUCAAAUCCCCGGUCGAAUAAUUCUAUCAGGUUUAUCAUACCUAUAAAUUCAUAUUAACAACCCGAAAUAUCUUUAAAAAUUGCUGACAUUUUGGAGUAAUUCGGGGCGCCAUCAUUAUUCGCCUUAUAAAGUCGGAACUACCGUGACAUCCAGUUGGAUAAUCGAAUCCCUUAUAAAAUUUCAUUAUAUGUAUUCGUUUUUUUUUAUAACAUAUUUUCUGCUCAAGAACAGGUUCUAUCAAUCGAUUACUAUUCAUUGUUUACGAUAAUACCUAAUUGCAAAACUAAAGUAGUAUAUAUACAAGUAAAACGUACCUUUCCGAUUCUUAUGUAAUGCCUAAAAACUCAGUAAAGUUCGGAAAUGCUUUCAAUUAUUGUUUGUUUGUUAUUUGUAUUCACUAAAAAUGAAGCGGCAAAUAUAUUGGGAGUUUAUCCGACGCCUUCAAUAAGUCAUCAAGUCGUGUUUCGUCCACUAAUGUUCGAACUCGCCAGACUUGGGCACCAGGUUACAGUAAUAACGACCGAUCCAGCCUUUUUAAAAGGCCAAGCUCCUGGAAACUUGACCGAAAUCGAUAUGCACGAUGUCUCCUACGAACACUUGAAGCUUCAUGGAAGUUCAGAAAACAAGACUGAUCCGAUCGAUUUUGACAAUUUUAUCAAUGAUUUUCUCAUAAAUUUAUUCGUGAAACAAUUAAAUUCCACUGAAAUUCAAAAAUUACUCCGUAGUAGUGAAGAAUUCGAUUUAAUAUUUGUCGAAUCCUGGGUACGACCAGCUCUUAUCUUUUCGUACAUUUAUAACGCGCCUGUCAUCGAAUUCAGCUCCCUGGGUGGUAUUAAUUUGGCCUUAGAAGCUAUAGGAGCUGCCUCGCAUCCCCUUAUUUAUCCUAAUGCGAUGCACAGAAAAAUUUAUAAUUUGACGUUAUGGGAUAAGAUAAACGAAUUAUAUAUACAUUAUUCGUGUCAGUUUUAUUUUACGCAACACGAACUAAUAGAAAAUGAAAUGUUAAAAUCAGUUCUUGGUUCAGACAUUCCAGAUUUGAAUUAUUUGAGACAAAAUGUUCGAAUGUUAUUUUUAAAUGUGCAUCCUAUUUGGGAUUUCAAUCGACCUGCUCCACCAAAUGUGUUGUAUUUAGCAGGUUUACACCAGAAACCUCGAAGAGAAUUACCAAAGGAUUUGAAAUUAUAUCUUGAUUCUACAAAAAAUGGAGUUAUAUACGUGAGUUUUGGUACAAACGUUAAUCCAUCGUUGUUUUCACCAAAAAUCUUAAAAAUAUUUAAUGAUGUAUUUUCUCAUCUUCCUUACGACGUUUUAUGGAAAUGGGAUGAGGAUGAGCUUCCAGGGCGUCCAAAUAACGUUGAAAUUUCAAAAUGGCUGCCGCAGUCUGAUUUAUUGAGGCAUAGAAAUGUGAAGCUAUUUAUAACACAAGGGGGAUUACAAUCUACAGACGAAGCAAUAACUGCCGGUGUUCCCCUCAUUGGCAUACCACUGCUCGCUGACCAAUGGUUCAAUGUUGAACAAUAUGUUAAAUUCGACAUUGGAAAACGACUCUUAUUAGAAACACUCACAGAGGAUCUACUGAUGGAUGCUAUUAAGACUAUAAUGGGAGACAAAAGGUAUAGUCAAAAUAUUGUAAAGUUACGCAGCUUUAUAAUUGAUCAACCACGAUCACCAUUGGAAAGCGCUGUGUGGUGGACGGAACACGUGCUGCGCCACCCUGAUGUAGCAUAUCGACGUACACCUGCGGCGAACGUGUCGUGGACCGAGUACUAUGAACUGAAAAUUGUGCUGUUUCUAUUAAGUGUUUUGAUAACACUUUUCACGAUCACAGUAUCAGUGAUCCAUACAAUUGUUUCGAAAGUAAAAUAUUGUCUACACUUAAAGGUCAAGAAAAAUUAAUGAAUAGCAUGUUCUUGUC